UUAUACAACCUGUUGAGUCGCGACUCGCGACUCGCGGCUACGUAGCCGCCGCGUGCGCACAGCCUUAUAAGUAUUAUUUACUAAUAAUUAUUAGACCAUUCAUAGUUUAGCCGAAUAGUUGCAAUGAACUCUUGCAAUUGUCGGUGAUAUCUUAUUUGUGAUUAGACUAAUUAACGUGAUUUAAGCGGGUAUAAAGGGUUAACUAAGCUUGGUAAAAAUGCCGUACAUCAUGGUAAUGGGUGGUAUUAGUGCACCGCAAUUAUCCAAGGACGAAGGAGCGACAGUAUACGGACUGAAAAAGGAUGAAAGAGCAGUCUUAGUAAGAGAGCUCAAUUCAUCAUUUGGGAUGUCCAUUGCGACAACAUCGGAUUUGGAAAGAACGGUCCGGGUAACGCAAAAAGGCAUAACGCUCGUCGUUGUUAAUAGGAUUCAUGGUCUUCUUGGUUACGACGUGGUUUCACACGCGAUGGCUAUGACCAACGCCAAUCGGGAACUCAUCUCCUUCACAAUGUAUAAGAAGAGUAGCCCCAACCCACAUUCUCAUGGCCACUCAACGACCAGCGGUUCACAUUCGCAUAGUCAUUCGACAACUAGCAGCUCACAUAAACCUCAUUCGCAUAGUAAUGUCGUACAGUUAUAAAUAAGAUACUUAACCAUAUAUCUUGCAGAACCUAGGUUUAAAGAAUAACCGAAUUAAUGUAUAGUGAGAUUUUGUAUUUUAACUCUGAGAUGGUCUCUGUUACUAACUACUAUAAAUUAUUAUUUUACUAAAGAAACAGAAAUUCGCUUUAAAAUCAAAAUGAUAGAGCACUCGACGUAUCAGUGUUGCCUGCACCAAGCCUUAUUUUUUCAAUGCGAGUGUAACUUGAGUGUAAUGUAGCUCACGGGCGAAUAAGGCAUCGUAAAAAUAGAAAUUAAACGAAAAAUUCGUUCUUCGAUUAAACAUGGUAUUGUCGGUAUUACCACGUAUUACCUAACUUAUUUUGUUUUAUUAUAUAGUAAGAAAUAUUGCUCUGUGUUAGCAGUAUUAUAUUUUUAAAUAAAAAUAUUAUAUUAAUACAAA